AUGCUUGGCGAGUUUCUUGUUAUUCUGUUUAGCAACCCCAUAGAAUUCAGUGCACUGGCAAAGGAGAUGCUGAAGUGGUUCAUAGGGGGACGUACUGUGAAGAACCAUCCAGUUGAUGUUGUACAUGCAUUAUACAACCACCCAUGGGCACGGCCCCAACAAUCCUAUGAACCCCCCUAUGACACAUUGCCAGAAUAUGCCAUUCCAACAAUGUUUUCUCAGCCAAACACCCAGAUGGACAGCAAAAACACAUACAGCGACUUACAACACUACUUCAUUGCACGAGUCAUUGACCGAAUGGAAUCAGAAAUCAGAGUUCUACUGAAAUCCCCUUACUUGCGAGCAAGGGAUACAUCCACAAAUCAAUUCAGCUGGGACACGGUCCUAGACUUCUCAGUUGAUGUGGUCCAGAAGAUUGCAGUUAGCGUUGCACCUGUGACCUGGAUGCUGCUUACAUGGAUUGCAGUCGGUGGAGAGAGAGCUGCGCAACUAAAGGAAAUGAAGUUCAGGGAUUCAGGGAAGGGACGUGGGGCUAAUCAUGUACAGGACCCUUAUUUAGGAUGUGCUGUUGCACUGAUGAUGCUACUGUACUUUCACAAUAAGGGGCUAAACAAAUUCCAGAGUAUCAUGGGGAUACUCAUGUUCUCCGAGAAUUCUUCCAAGUCGCUUCAGUCAAUCACUGGCCGAAUGGGACUUGCAGUCGCAAACAGCUCAACACUCAAGCGCCUGUACUCAAUGAGUGCAGUUGCAUCUGAAAGAAUUCGCACUAUAGGGGCAAACUGGGUCAACAAACUUGUGUCAUUUCACAUUGUUUAUGAUAACAUCAACCAAUACCACCAAAACUGGCGACCUUCCCUCUCUUCACAAACAUCUCUAGAAAGUGGGACCGCUGCGACACUAAUUAUGCAGCCGGGUGUGGCUCCCGAGGCUUUUGACGGCUUUGAAUAUGAGGAACACUGGCAAUGUGUCAAAUGUGAGGACAUCACGUUAGCAAAGAUCUGGGAGGACAUUGACCGAAAACAUCUGGAAAAUACUGAUUUUGAUGAUCUCAGACACACUUUUGCCAUUCACCCAAUGCCACUCCAGAAAACCGAAGUCAUUCCCCUUGAGACAUCGGGCUUUGAUGAGGCAACCACUAUAGGAAACCGGCAGACAAUUUGGGAUGUUGUUGAGCACCAACUCCGCAUCCCUCCACAUGCUCUCGAGGGGCGCCUCAUACCAUUUUCUGGUGAUCAGGCCACGAUCUCACAUAUCCGAACUCUCAAGUGUCACACUUCUUCAGGGUCCACUUGGUUCUCAUCCAAUCGUUAUAUCCUACCCCUGAUUGAGCUUUGGCACAUAAAGUUUGCAAUGCUCAAGGAUAUCAUCAAGGUGCAUUGGCCAGAGCAGACUGAAAAGGGUGACAUCGGCCUUCACUUUGCCGCUGAUAAGCUCCACCAAAAUUUAAACCCAAACAAGGUCGAUUUCUACCCAGCUGAGAGACUUGUUGAAGUCGUGCUCACUGCAAUGAGACUAAAUUACAUCAGAAAUAUGCUUCAUCAAAAGUCAUUGAAAUUCCCGAUGAGGCAAGAUGGAAAGCUGAUGCACCUUACAGAAGAGCUGGAAGCGUUGUAG